CGAAAGCGAAAUGUUUUACAAAAUUGUUGAUCAUGCUUCAGUCAGUUUUGUGAUCUUCAACAAGCCUCAACAUGGCAUCCGCUAAGCUGUUUCUUGCCGUUGCCAUUUUGGCAACAUUCUCGCUCACCGCAAAUGCCGGUUUUCUGGAUUAUGUUUUCCCCACACUUAUGUCGGAAUUUUACAGUCAAGUGCCCACAAAGGAGGGUUAUCGCUUCAAUUUGGAAGAACCAAAUGGCAGCAAGCGUGAGGAAAUCGGUGUGAUAAUGAAUCCGGGCACAGACGAUGAACAACUGGUGGUGAUGGGUUCAUAUACGGUGUAUGAUGAGAAGACCGAUACCGAAACGAUUACAAUGUAUACCGCCGAUAAGGAUGGUUAUAAGCCACGCUAUAUGAUCAAGAAUCGUAAAUUGAGCCCUGGUGCAUUGAAAUCUGCAGCUGGUUAAAGCAUGAAGAUUUUUAUUUUUUUUUAUUUAGAUAAACAAGUUUUAAAUGUUAUUUAAUUUUCGUAUUUUUUUUUUUCAAAAGUAUUUUGUACUCCCUUUUUCUCAUGAUAACUGCCAUUUUUGUAUAAAAAAUAAAAAUUUAUUUCUAAUUUA